AUCUCUUGGGUGUGCAAGCAAGUGUGGUGGGUGUUUCGUUCGUGUUGGGUCUUGAUAGAUCCAGUGGUCAUUUCCUGAUUGUUGCGAUGCGAUGGGUUGUAGGAAGAGAUAUACGGUUCAGCAUAUGCUUCUGCUGUUUACAUAUCCUCAGUCAUGAAACUUCCAAAGGAUAAAAAGGUGUAUGUGAUUGGGAUGGCAGGUAUUGAGGAGGAGCUGAGGGAAGAAGGCGUUUCUUUCAUUGGUGGAACGGACCCAGCAGAUUGCACCCUCGAACCAUUCUCCCUCUCAUCUUUCUCCCUUGACCCAGACGUUCAAGCCGUCCUCUGCGGCCUAGACCUCAGCGUGAACUAUACGAAACUGUCAAAAGCAUUCCAAUACCUCACACGAAACCCCGGCUGUCAAUUCCUAGUCACCAAUGAAGACAGCACAUUCCCAAGCGCCGAUGGUCUCUUGCCUGGAGCAGGAGCUAUCAGCGCUCCAUUACGUUAUGCACUGGAGAAAGAUCCGAUAAGUAUUGGGAAACCUGCGAAGACAAUGUUGGAUUGUAUUCAAGCCAAGGUGAAAUUCGAUCCGGAACGCACGAUAAUGAUUGGAGAUCGGUUGAAUACUGAUAUUUUGUUUGGACAAGCUGGGAGCCUGGCAACGCUCCUUGUCCUGACUGGCAUCACGUCGAAGCAAGAUAUUACCGGCCCAAACGCUUCACCAAUAGUACCCGACUACGUCACUCAGUCUAUCGGAGACCUUCGUGUUGUCGACGGACAAUAGGUUUAGUCUUCCUCAUAAAUACCCACGUAGAAGGGCUGGUCCCGCAAGGGAGAUGUAGAUAUCUUGGAAACGAUUUGAAUAGAAGGAACUAGAAUUGGAAUUGGAAUCAGC